CAGGUGACAGCGCAACCGUGCGCGCGCACAGACUCACUGGCGCGUGUCUGCCCGCGCUGAUGUCGGUGUACCAGAUGAUGAUGAUGACGAUGGGGAUGAAGGUGAAACGACGUGUCCCGGCGGUGAAGGAGUCUCAUUAGUGUGAGCAUCGUUUCCUCGUUAUUCGGCGAUUAUUUCUACGAUAUUCCAGGAUUUUUUUUUAUCCAGGAUCUAACAGGUUCUCAUCUUUGAGUGUCUCAGUGAUCGCCGCACCAUGUUGGCCAGGAAGGGCCUCCUGCCAGACGGGUUUCUGCUGACCCGGCUGGCCGAGGACCAGAACCAGCCCAACCGCAGCCGCUCCAGGUCCCAGAGAGCUCGCUUCAUCACCAAAACUGGAUCCUGCAAUGUGGUUCACAAGAACAUCAUGGAGCAGGGCCGCUUCCUGCUGGACGUCUUCACCACCAUGGUGGACCUGAAGUGGCAGCACUCCCUCCUCAUCUUCACCUCGGCCUUCCUCUGCUCCUGGAUGCUCUUCGCUAUGAUCUGGUGGCUCCUGGCCUUCGCUCACGGAGACCUGGAGCCCCGUGACCCAGACAGCGACCCGGGUCCGGUCCCCUGCGUCACCGCCAUCCACUCCUUCACCUCAGCCUUCCUCUUCUCCAUUGAAGUCCAGGUGACCAUCGGUUUCGGCGGCAGGAUGGUGACAGAGGAGUGUCCCGUGGCCAUCAUCAUGCUGAUAAUCCAGAACAUCUUGGGGCUGAUCAUCAACGCCGUGAUGCUCGGCUGCGUCUUCAUGAAGACGGCGCAGGCCAACCGCAGAGCGGAGACGCUCAUCUUCUCCAGGAACGCCGUCAUCGCCACUCGCAACGGCCGGCCCACCUUCAUGCUCAGAGUGGGAGACCUGAGGAAGAGCAUGAUCAUCUCGGCCACCGUGCAGCUGCAGGUGAUCAGACGCACGGUGACGUCCGAGGGCGAGGUUAUCCCGGUGUGCCAGCUGGACAUCCAGGUAGAGAACCCUCUGAGGAGCAACGGCAUCUUCCUGGUUUCUCCUCUGAUCAUCAGCCACACCAUCGAGCAAAGGAGUCCUCUGUACGACCUGUCCGCCCAGUCUCUGGCCACCGAGGACCUGGAGAUCAUCGUCAUCCUGGAAGGUGUGGUGGAGACGACGGGCAUCACCAUGCAGGCUCGCACCUCCUACACCCCCGAGGAGAUCUUGUGGGGGAGACGCUUCGUCUCCAUCAUCACCGAGGAGGACGGCCGCUACUGCGUCGACUACUCCAAGUUCGGAAACACGGUCCCGGUCCGGAUGUCGUCGCUCAGCGCCAAAGAGCUGGACCUGAGCCGGGGAGUCCGGGAGGGGCCGUCUGAUUCCCAGCUGCAGGGAUGGGGGCUGGUGCGAGCCGGCAGGGGGGGCUUCCGGAGAGGGGGGCGUACCUGCGAAGGCUCCGCCCCCCAGCCAUGGUACAACCAAUCAGAGACGCAGGAGAAGGACGCAGAGCAGAAGGGGCAGAAGAAGAAGGUGCAGCUGGAGGUGAUUGGACGGCAGAUGGAGGGGGAGGGACUCGGAGACGUGAGUGACUGAACGAACGGAUCCGAUUCCCGGUUCUGUUCGUUCAUCUUCAUCAGUGUGGUGCUGAGGCGGGAAGGUGACGGGACGAUGAACGCGUCUUUACGUUUAGAUUCCUCCCAGAUGUCAGAGAGCACAGUUUGAACAUCCUCUGAGACACAGACGCACCACAGAGACGUAAAAAAAAGACAGAGAGUCAUAAACCGUGAAUAUAAAGACACAGAGAUCAUCAGUCUAACUGAAUCAAACAACAGCUGAUAAAAUCCAGACAGAUUAAAGCACAUUUGACAUGUGAGUCUUCUCCUCUCUGAAGAUCAUAACAGCCUCCAUCCUGCCUCGGAUUUCUCUCUUUAACUGUUUUAUUGCUGGCUUGUCAUGUUGUUGCUCAGUUUUUUUUUCCCUUCUGUAAAUAAUUGAUGACUCUCACAUAUCCAGACUAUUUAUUUAUGCUCUCAGAGUAAAUUAAGGACACUCAGAGGACAGCUUGGGAUAUUUUAUCUCUCAGUAGGUUAAAAAUAAACUUCACUGCUCUGGUUGUUUGUAAUUUUGAAAUAAAUCAGAUUUGCAGUUUU